UGGGGUGAAGGACAUGCUACUGCAGUGCUAGAACAGGCUGUGUUCAUCACUAGUUCCUUGGCUUGGGAUCAUUUACUGCUUGUAGACAUGUCUAAUCAAUACUCUUCUUCAUCUUCUUACAGACCUUCAACUGGGUCUGUAGGUGGUGCAAAAGGAAUAGGGUCAAGGAACUCUGUGUCUUUUUCAAAAUUUAGUUCUGGCGGAGCAGGGGGAGGUUAUGGUGGAAAUACAGGUUUUUGCCAAGUUGGAGAUUUUGGUGCUGGCUACAAUGGCAAUUUAGGUGUUGGCUUUGAUGGAGGCUAUGGUGGUGGAGUAGGAUCUGGUUUUGGUGGAGGUGCUGGCUAUGGAGGUGGAGCAGGUGCUGGCUUUGGUGGUGGAGCUGGCUUUGGUGGUGGUGCUGGCUAUGCUGGUGGAGCUAGUUUUGGUGGUGGAUAUGGCUUUAACCAAGGGGGUGGAUUUGGAGAUGGUGGCCUUCUUUCAGGUGGCAAUGAGAAAUCAACCAUGCAGAACCUAAAUGACCGUUUAGCUAGCUACCUGCAAAAAGUGCGAGACUUGGAGGAUGCCAAUGCUGAGCUUGAGAAAAAGAUCAGAGAUUGGUAUGAUAAGAAAAGUCCCGUUAGUAAGGCAGCUGACUACAGCCCAUACUUCAAGACCAUUGAGGAUCUUCGUGCUAAGAUCUUGGCUGCACAAAUUGAAAACAACAAAGUGAUCCUGGCCAUUGAUAACACCAGACUGACCACAGAUGACUUCAGGCUCAAGUAUGAGAAUGAGCUGGCUCUGCGCCAAAGUGUGGAGGCUGAUAUCAAUGGCCUCCGCAGAGUCCUGGAUGAGUUGACUUUAUCCAAGUCUGAUCUAGAGAGCCAGAUUGAGAGUCUUACUGAGGAAUUGGCUUAUCUGAAGAAAAACCAUGAGGAGGAAAUGAAGGGAAUGCAAAACCAAGUCAGUGGAACGGUCAAUGUGGAGAUGAACGCUGCUCCUGGCAUUGAUCUGAGCAAGGUCCUGUCUGAUAUGAGAUCUGAUUAUGAAAGGAUGGCUGAGAAAUACAAACAGGAGGCUGAGGCCAUUUUCCAGGCUCAGGCCAAGGAGCUUCAAGCACAGGUUGUUUCUGGAAGUCAAGAGGUUCAAGCAUCCACAUCAGAGAUCACAAACCUGAAGCACACACUUCAGAGCUUGGAAAUAGAGCUGCAGUCACAACUCAGUAUGAAAUCAGCUCUAGAGUCUUCCUUGGCCGAAACAGAGGGCCGUUACUGCGCACAGUUGUCCCAAAUCCAGGAACUUAUAGGACAGAUCCAGUGUGAGCUCUCAGACCUCAGGAACCAGCUGGAACUCCAAAGCAGUGAAUACAAGAUGCUUCUGGACAUUAAGACACGUCUAGAACAAGAGAUCGCCAAGUACCGAGACUUACUGGAUGGCCAGGACAGCAAGAUUCCUGCAGCCUCUGUGUAUAGUGGAUCUUCCAGUACAAGUUCAUCAUCUACAACAACUACAAGAGUUCGCUAGGACUAUGCUCUCAACACAGAAUUCAGCAAAGUGAUGACAGGUUGACACAGCCUGAUUUGUACUGCAUACUACCUGUCUGCUUUAAUCUCUUUUACAUACAAGGACACUCAGUAAAAAGGUGUUUUCUGGCUAUUUGGUGUUCAAUAAAUCUUUCAUCUAUUGCAAAGUA